AUGGAACAUCCUCGGGCCGGUACACUAGCCAACCAGGCUCACUUCGUUAAGCUCCGAAGAUCCUUGGCCUUAUCAAAUGCUGUCGGCCAGAUAAUGAGUGCAGCUCAAAUCCGUGGGACUCAAUGUCAUCUAAAUGUGCAAUUAUAUCGGGGAAAGAAAAUGGAUACAGAGUUAUCGGUCUACUCAACAUUUUCCGAGGAAACCACCGAGCAAGAAGAUGACAGUAUAUACUACCCGGAAGGAGGUCUCCAGGCAUGGCUGGUGGUCUUCGGCGCAUGGUGCGCUAUGGUCCCAGCCUUGGGCUUGAUGAACACUGCGGGAACACUCCAUAUCUGGACCAGCACCCAUCAGCUCAGAGACUACCCCGAGUCAAGCUAUGGCUGGAUUUAUGGUGCAUAUGGAUUCUUCCUUUACUUUGCCGGAGCCCAAAGUGGUGCGGCCAAUCUUGGAUACAUGGGGCCCAACCUACAUCAUUCUUCCAGGGUCCAUCGGCAUGGUAGUAUCGCUGAAUACUAUCAGAUCUUUCUGUCUUUCAGUGUCUUGGGAGGAAUAUCGGCUAGUGCUCUGUUUACUCCGGCUGUUGCAGCAAUCGGCCAUUGGUUCAACGUCCGUCGAGCAUUUGUCACUGGACUUGCUUGCACAGCUGGUGGACUCGGAGGUGUGAUCUUCCCUGCGAUCAUUUACUUCAAUGCGCCAAAGAUUGGAUUCGGCUGGUCGAUCCGAAUCAUCGCCCUCUUGAGUCUGGUUCUUUGUGCUAUCGCGUGUCUUCUGAUCAGGACCCGGCUACCCCUCGGUAAAGAAACCGGGGGCAGUGCGCUAGCAGAUUUCAAGGCAUUGAAAGAUCCCAAGUACGCCGUCACCACAGCCGCGAUAUUUCUUGCUGACUUUGCCGUGUUCGUACCAAACACAUACCUUUCUUCAUAUGCAGUCCACGUCGGGUUGAGCAACACAGUUUCAUACUUACUGCUUGUCUUCCUGAACAUCGGACUGAUCCCUGGCCGUCUGUUACCGGGCCUAGCUGCUGAUCGCUUAGGGAGGUUCAACAUGAUGGUUGUUACGUCCCUCGUAUGCUCAAUAUUGACCCUUGCAUUGUGGUACAAGUCUGGAAGUAGCUUGGGUGCAAUUGUCUGUUAUGCCGUACUGUUUGGCUUUUGGAGCGGAGCUGCCAUGAGUCUGUCCCCGGUCUGUAUCUCACAGAUCUGUGCAACCGAGGACUACGGAGCGCGGACGGGCACAACGUAUACCAUCGCCAGUCUCGGCGUACUCACGGGGAUUCCGAUCGCCGGCGCAAUCAUCCAGCGCGAUCAUGGGCAGUACGGCGGGCUCAUCAUCUUCGCGGGUGUGCUGUAUCUCGCGGCAGCAGCAGUGUUUGCCGUAGCUCGGGGGAUUUGCAGGGGUUGCACCACUGCAAUAAGCAGCGUGGUAUACAUGAGAACAGAUAGUGCGGAGUUCAAGCAACAGCCUGUCUUGCCGUUAUUUGCUUUUGUUGACAGGUGGAAGGUUCCGUAUAACCGAAGCAAAAUCAUCCUUCUGGGUGACAGUGUGUCCAAGGAGCAGACCAGCCCGUUACUCAGCUCCGCGAACUCAGCGGUCUGGCUGUUGAGCCUCCAUAACAGUGUCAAUAGCAGUCACAAUCCGCCAAAGAAUUGCUCUGGCCUGAUCAGCCGCACAAUCAAACUACCUAGUCCGUCGUUAGUGUUUUAG